AGGCGCGGGCGACUACACUCACCGCUGUGCUGCUCGCGCCGGGCGGGCCGCUGUUACGCAAUGGAAAUUUCGAAAGCCCCGCCCGUCCUCCUGGCCCUUGGGGGAGUGCGGCAGAUUUGGCAGACUUUGUUUUCUUUACCUAUCUUCGAACACCAGCUUUUCUUUUAUGGGUGUUUUUUUUUCUUUUUCUUUUGAGUUGGGGUCUCUGUCACCCAAGCUGGAGUGCAGUGGCGCGUUCUCGGCUCACUGCAACCUCCGCCUCCUGGGUACAAGCGAUUCUCCUGCCUCAGUCUUCCGAGUGUCUGGGACUAGAGGCGCGCACCGCCACGCCCGGCUAAUUUUUGUAUUUUUAGUAGAGACGGGGUUUCACUAUGUUGGCCAGGUUGGUCUCGAACAUCUGACCUCAAGUGAUCCGCCCACCUCGGUUUCCCAAAAUGCUGGGAUUACAGGCGUGAGCCACCGCGCCUGGCCCGGGUGUCUUUUUUUCGAAAGGAUAAAUUGGCAUAGGUGGGAUUUUCUCCUCAAUCUUGAGAAAAUGCCCGAGUGAUUAGACAAAUAAUAGUAAUGUUUUGCAGUAUCUUGAAGUGUAACCUGUUGUUUCCAGUUUUGGUGUUUUCUUAAAAAGGAGCAUUCUUCGGAAAGUUAAAAUGUCACGUCUUAAUUUCAGUUUUCCUAAUCAAGAUUUGAUAAUUGAAGAGUGUUUACUCAUCUAGUUCUUAAUCUGGCUCACUAUACAGUUGAAGACGCUGAAGCCCAGGGAAGUUUUUUUGCAGUACAUAGGUUUCCUGAAUAUUUUCUAUCAGAAUGUCCUUGUUCCCAUUAUUAGACUGGGAAAAAGAAAUUAGACUGAUUAAAAUUCUAUUUGGAUGAAAUUAACAGCUUUUGGCAAGACGUUUGUAGUAUUGACUUACUAUCUGAAUUUAGCGUUGGUAACGGAAAGCGACCUGUAAAACAAGAACCAAGUACGCUGGAAGCCGCCUUGCAGGGGGCAACACUGGGUUUGGCUUCAGCUGUGCAACUUGGAGCAUUUUAGCUUGGUAACACUGAUCCCCUUUCAGGUGAGUAUUGGGCUUGUAAUUUGUAUUUGAAUGAGAAACCGUAAUGUGGCUGCUGGUAAGGUAAAACGGAUAAAUGCGCCAGACCAAAACAGCUCGCAACGAAGUAUGUUAGCCGUAAAGUCACAAAGUCCAGGCUUGAUAAUCUUCUGAGAAAUUGAUAAAAGAUGUGUGAUGUAGACAUGAGUAGCAAGGACUAAAGAGAUAAAUUCAUUCUGAAACUGCUUUGAAUAUUGUAUGUUGUUGAUGGGUUGGAAAUAUAUCACCUUGGGAAUGAGGUUUUUUUUUUUUAAUUGGAGUUUUAGGAGUUGGUAAUAUCGUGGUCAGUAUAUAUAGGCUUCACAAGUUACGUAAUUUGUAGUGGGAACAUGGAAUAGACAUUUCAUCUGCGUCACCCAGAGGUGGUUUUAGGUUUUAAAUUCUGUAUUAACGGUUGUUUUCUUUCCAGACUGCAAAAUUCAAAAUGGGGCUCAAGGUAUUCGUUUCAUCUACACCAGAGAAGGCAGACCAAGUGGCGAGGCUUUUGUUGAACUUGAAUCAGAAGAUGAAGUCAAAUUGGCCCUGAAAAAAGACAGAGAAACUAUGGGACACAGAUAUGUUGAAGGUUUGAUUUACAUUGCCCUAGUUACAGUAAAUAAAGCAUUAAACAAUAGAGGUCUUACCCCUUCUGAAUUUUAGGUAUUUGACUGCAUGGAAAUGGUCAUCUAAGGGAGUUUGUGGCAGCUCUUCCUAGCUUAUCUAAAGACCCAGGAAGUCUGAACUUUGUUAUCUCAUUUUCCAAAAGUGACUAAUUCUAAGCACCUCUUUCAGUAUUCAAGUCAAACAACGUUGAAAUGGAUUGGGUGUUGAAGCAUACUGGUCCAAAUAGUCCUGACACGGCCAAUGAUGGCUUUGUACGGCUUAGAGGACUUCCCUUUGGAUGUAGCAAGGAAGAAAUUGUUCAGUUCUUCUCAGGUAUAUUGAAAUCUUUAAGAGCAGUAGAGCUGAAGUUAGAACUCACUAUGAUCCACCACGAAAGCUUAUGGCCAUGCAGCGGCCAGGUCCUUAUGACAGACCUGGGGCUGGUAGAGGGUAUAACAGCAUUGGCAGAGGAGCUGGCUUUGAGAGGAUGAGGCGUGGUGCUUAUGGUGGAGGCUAUGGAGGCUAUGAUGAUUACAAUGGCUAUAAUGAUGGCUAUGGAUUUGGGUCAGAUAGAUUUGGAAGAGACCUCAAUUACUGUUUUUCAGGAAUGUCUGAUCACAGAUACGGGGAUGGUGGCUCUACUUUCCAGAGCACAACAGGACACUGUGUACACAUGCGGGGAUUACCUUACAGAGCUACUGAGAAUGACAUUUAUAAUUUUUUUUCACCGCUCAAUCCUGUGAGAGUACACAUUGAAAUUGGUCCUGAUGGCAGAGUAACUGGUGAAGCAGAUGUCGAGUUCGCAACUCAUGAAGAUGCUGUGGCAGCUAUGUCAAAAGACAAAGCAAAUAUGCAACACAGAUAUGUAGAACUCUUCUUGAAUUCUACAGCAGGAGCAAGCGGUGGUGCUUACGAACACAGAUAUGUAGAACUCUUCUUGAAUUCUACAGCAGGAGCAAGCGGUGGUGCUUAUGGUAGCCAAAUGAUGGGAGGCAUGGGCUUGUCAAACCAGUCCAGCUACGGGGGCCCAGCCAGCCAGCAGCUGAGUGGGGGUUACGGAGGCGGCUACGGUGGCCAGAGCAGCAUGAGUGGAUACGGUAACCAAGGAGCAGUGAACAGCAGCUACUACAGUAGUGGAAGCCGUGCAUCUAUGGGCGUGAACGGAAUGGGAGGGAUGUCUAGCAUGUCCAGUAUGAGUGGUGGAUGGGGAAUGUAAUUGAUCGAUCCUGAUCACUGACUCUUGGUCAACUUUUUUUUUUUUUUUUUUAAGAAAAAAACUUCAGUUUAACAGUUUAUGCAAUACAAGCUUGUGAUUUAUGCUUACUCUAAGUGGAAAUCAGGAUUGUUAUGAAGACUUAAGGCCCAGUAUUUUUGAAUACAAUACUCAUCUAGGAUGUAACAGUGAAGCUGAGUAAACUAUAACUGUUAAACUUAAGUUCCAGCUUUUCUCAAGUUAGUUAUAGGAUGUACUUAAGCAGUAAGCGUAUUUAGGUAAAAGCAGUUGAAUUAUGUUAAAUGUUGCCCUUUGCCACGUUACAUUGAACACUGUUUUGGAUGCAUGUUGAAAGACAUGCUUUUAUUUUUUUGUAAAACAAUAUAGGAGCUGUGUCUGCUAUUAAAAGUGAAACAUUUUGGCAUGUUUGUUAAUUCUAGUUUCAUUUAAUAACCUGUAAGGCACGUAAGUUUAAGCUUUUUUUUUUUUUUUAAGUUAAUGGGAAAAAUUUGAGAUGCAAUACCAAUACUUAGGAUUUUGGUCUUGGUGUUUGUAUGAAAUUCUGAGGCCUUGAUUUAAAUCUUUCAUUGUAUUGUGAUUUCCUUUUAGGUAUAUUGCGCUAAGUGAAACUUGUCAAAUAAAUCCUCCUUUUAAAAACUGCA